AUGCGGUAUUCUCGCAUCCACUUAUUGAAGUUUCUUGAUACAUUCUACCCAUUGCCCUCUGUUAUGGAUGCUUGUUCUUUUGUCAAACUUGUUCGUAAACGAACCAGUAGACUUGCUGAGUUUUUGGAAAAAGAGGUUUUAGCUUCCAAUGCUAAUCAGCGUUCCAGGUCCUUUGAUGCAAAAGUACAUGUUGAUAUUGCUAAAUCAUUGGAUUCGCUUUUAAGUCUAAAGGAGAAAGAUGUGGAACGUGUGAUCUGGGAGGAACACAAGCUCACUGACGAACGAUUGUUGACUUGUCUUGUACCUUAUCAGAUGGCAGCAAAUAUUAUCAUGAGAGGACUUCCCCAAAAUGUGAGAAAAAUGUGUGUGGAAGAACUAAGAGAUGAAGAAGAUUAUUAUUUAAAGGGUAUCACAAAAAAAGGACAUAAUAAAUUUAUACAGUGGAUCGAGAGGGAUGUAUUUGUCUCCACCGGACUUAAUUAUCUUAGACGUCUUUCUCCUCUCCGACAUGCUCGUAUUCCGGUUAUCGCAGUUAUGGGACACAGCCAACAUGGAAAGACAACACUUCUUGAUGUCUUACAAAAAACAAGUUUUUCUGAAGAAGAGUCUAGGGGCACAUCCCAGUCUAUUCGAGCUUUCACGAUUUCUGCCUCUGAAAGUGGCUUCAGUUCUGUAACAUUUGUGGAUACACCUGGCCAACGCGUAUUUACAGAGACACGUUUUCAUGCACAGAUUAUAGCAGAUGCCUUACUUUUAGUAGUUUCUUUGGUAGAUGGCGUUCAAAUUCAGACUCUUGAAGUGAUCAAAGUGGCAUUAAACAUUGAUAAACCGAUUUUGGUGGUAUUAAAUAAGCUGGAUCUAUAUUCGGAUCCGAGAAAGGCAGAUGAAGCUAUGUUUAAUGUCCUCAUGGACUUGCGAGAGGCUGGAUUGAAUGUUGUUAUGGUUCAUAAACCGAAAGAUAUUGAACGACUACGAGCCUGUGAAUCAAGCACAAAAUUGGAUGCUCAGUCUUCAAAAGAGGUUCAAAAUACUCUUCAAUUAUUUGCACCGAUGAAAAAAGUGGAUGCUCAAUAUAAGGGAAGCAAAACGCAUCCGGUUGUGAAUUUGAAGCGAAGUUGCGCCGGGGUCUGUAUAUCAGCGAAGAAAAGAGAGAAUUUGGAUCUUCUUUGGUCACUCAUUGAACUAAUGUCUUCAACGUUAUCACCGUUUUGUCACAGCAGAAUGGGGAACUACACUUCACAUUCUUGCUCACAUCAGGCUGUUAUCUUGGAAUCUUCAAAACAUCUAUUUGAUGAAGAGAGUUUUCGACUUAGGAAGAACGUUCAAAGGCUUCAAAAAAGACAGGAUGCGACCAACGAAAGGCAAAAAUUACGGUUGGAAAAAAACAGCGUUUCUGCAAGGAUCCAUUCUGCUCUCAACAAUGACCGAAAAAAAUUACAGAGUUCAAAUCCAACAAGUACAAACUGUCUUGUUCUGACUGUUAUCGUGAGGGAAGGUUGUAUUACAAAAGGUCUGCUAUUUGUUGCGGACCAAACGAGAGGGCGUGUGGAUUAUAUGAUAGACGCUGCUGGUAAUUUUGUGGACAAAGCGUAUCCUGGUACGGCUGUUAUUAUCAUUGAUGUUCAUAGUAAUACCGGAUGUCCUGGUGUAGGAACGCAUCUUCUCUCAAUGCCUUUUGUGGAUGAAAGAGAUCGAGUUUUUGAAUACAGGCGUUGGCUUCAGUGGUUUAUCGAAUGUUUCCCCAAUCGUUUAAAUCUUCUUCGUCCGAGAGGGAUGGACGUAUCCUUUGCACACCUUGGUGAUUAUGGGCAAAUUGGGAAUACACAUUGUUUGGAGUAUCAGUUGCUUUAUGGACCCCCACAAGAUGCGUUCUCAACUGGGAUUAACUCACAAUCCACAGAAGAAGAAUUAUCAAUUAAUGGUUCUAAGCCUCUUGAGAAGAGUAUUGCUGAGUAUUUAUCGGAGAAAAAUCUGGAGGACCGAGAGCGCCAUAAUGGGUCUCCGUUGGAAGAUGGAUCUCAUCAAAAAAUUUUAAUGGAAGAUGAUCUUGAGGUUACAUUACAAACUACAUGGACACAGUUACAGCCACGCAAAAGACCUGAGACCCAAGAGAUGCAUGAUGAAAUGAUUAAGAGCUGUAUUCAGAUUGGUGUUCUUUUCAAGGUGGACUCCUGGCACAGCGCUCGAAUGUUACAUCGUGAAAUCAAUCGGUUGGGUACGCGGAAAGUGGCGUUUCAUGUUGUUGGAAUGCGCUUUGGUGAGUUAACGGCAGAUGACAUUAUGUUUUUUGGACGAGCAAUGAAAAUUGCCGUUUGCUAUCGUACUCCUUUGGGGCUUUCCACCGAUCUUGAUCAAUACCUUGAGAUCAAUGACACCUGGGUCUUACAGACGGAUGAUAUUACGGAAGUCAUACUCUUCCUUAAAUGGUGUGCGGUGGCGCUCCAUAAGGAGCAUGCUCCCGAUGACUAUGGUGUGACUGAACGGAGCCAUAAAAGCUACCUGGUGCUCAUGAAGGAUAAAUCUGGAAAGAGCCCUGGAAAGAAAAUGGACCAGCAAAAGAACUCCAGGCAUCGCAGGUUGCUUGUUACACCAAAUUUUUAG